CAAACCUAGAAUCUUGGUACUGUAUAGACUUUACUAAAGCAUUCCAUGCAAUACAUAAGUACUUAUUAUCAGAUAAUUAUUAUUUUUUUGACUAAUUUUGCUGCGACAUGUCACGUGCACUUUGGACCUAUAAUUUUGGAUCAAAGACAUCGUUACUGAUUUUACUGACUGUAGUACUCGUUAAGUCAGUUCUAAUACCGGAAUCACUUGUCCAGCCUACAACACAAAAAACAGCCUUUGCAGGGCCGGAUAGAAACUUUCCCACCGGGGUCAAUUUCAGCGUAAUUAACAGCUAUGAAAGCAUUGUUGGAUGGUUGUUGUCUUUACCAAAUGAAUUUCCGUUCGUGCGAUUGCAUCAUAUUGGAAUGACCGUCGAACAUCGGGACUUAAUUGUCGUCGAGAUUGACAGCACCGACGAUGGUUUCGCGGUGACCGGAAUAAAACCCACUAUUUUUGUGGACGCUGGGAUUCAUGCACGCGAACAGCUAACUGUCAGCAUUGCACUGAACGCCAUUCACAAAAUUUGUUGCAUGAUCCGCGAUGGAAAAGUAGCUUCGUCCACGAAAGUGAAAUGGUUUAUUAUCCCUCUUGUAAAUCCCGAUGGGUACGAAUACGCCAGCACGGAUUCCGGAGUGGGGUGGCGUAAAAACCGAUCUCCUGCGAAUAAUUCGGACUGUGUGGGAGUGGCUUUAAAUCGUAACUGGGAUUAUAAAUGGAAAGGAAGUGGAAGUUCCACUUCUCCGUGUUCAGACAUAUACGCUGGCGUGCGUCCUUUCUCCGAAAGCGAAACAUUCGCACUAUCGCAAUUUAUUUUGGAACUAAAAAACAAUUCAGCAGUCAAUCUGCAAGCAUACUUGAGUUUGCAUAGUAUUCACGGAUAUCUGGGUCAAGCGAUCAUCUUUCCUUAUGGUUACACAACGGAAAGGUCACCCGAUUAUGAUGUUCUUAGCGCUGUGGCGAAGCGAAUGUCAGAUGCAAUGUAUGCAGCCACUAGCAGAACCUACAGAUACGGGAGCAUUGCAAAUGAAAUGUAUCCAGUAAAUGGCGAUCAAGGAGACUGGCUGUAUUUUGUUGCCAAAAUCAAGCAAAACUACGCUGUGGAACUGCGAGACUAUUACGGUAAAGACUCUGCCGUUCUCGUUUCCGAUGGUUUCAAAGACAUUUGGGCAGCUUUGACCGUUCUGGCUCAAGAUACCCUGGCCAGAAAUUAUUUGGCAAUGUAAGAAUACCUCAGGUUAAUUCUAAGAAUCUAUGACAGUGUUUCUUUGUGUAACAGCAAGAAGCUGACUUGCAACGAGAUUACAAAUGAGUGGAGAAUUCUUUGAGAUAUUGAGAAUGUUGUAAUUAUUGAUUACUUUUUGUUUUCGUGUUAUUAUAUCACAUUACAGCUACACACUUCCGGAAAUGUGUAAACUAGAUAGUGUUUUCUCCCUCCUGUGUGUUUUGCUCUUGUUCCACCAGAGAAGAAAACCCGACACGUAAGAAGCAAAAUCAUAAAACACAUAAGAUG